AGUGGGGUCACUGAGGAGAUGCUACAAGAUGUCACUGUCAGAUUAUGUGAUGUUCAGGAUAAAUUAAAGCAGCUGCUACCUCCUAAUGCUAUACUAGUAGGACACUCGCUAGAGAAUGACUUACUGGCUCUUAAAAUGUAUCAUCCAUUUGUCAUUGAUACGGCAAUGCUCUUUGCUCCUUUGGCCACGCCCAGGUCUAAGCCUGGAUUGAGACUCGUUGCUAAAAGGUUGCUCAAGAAGUCCAUUCAGACGAAAGAAGCUGCUGGUCACGAUCCUACAGAGGAUGCCAUGACAUGCAUGGAACUUGUUAAGAAGAAACUCCAGGAAGGAGCUGAUUGUGUUAUCGAAUGGAAAGAGUUCAAGUUGUGGCUACCUAUGCAUCUAGCAGCUAAUGGAGUCUCACACUGUGUCAUUGAUAAACAAUCAAUGGCUUCACUCUACACUGGCCGGGUUGAGAGUUCUUAUCAAGCUGUAACCAGUGAUCAAGAAGCUGUUGAUAAAGUACUUGAAUGUGCUCCAAAAAACACUUUCAUAUUCACACAAUUGCACUCAAUGGAAGUAUUGAAGAAAAGGACUACUGGUUAUACUGAGGAUGAGUUUAAAUCCACUCUCUCUGAACUGGAUAAGCUAUGCUGUGACAUAGUGUCUUCAUCCCCUCCUGAUAGUAUCAUUAUGAUUGUCUGUGGUAGUGGCCAUAUUGGGGAAGUGAGGGAACUCCAGAAGGAUUCCAGUACUAGUCUUGAGGUCCUGAAAAGUGCUGUGAUGAAGGCCAGGGAGGGUAGGGUUUUUGCAUUGUUAAAAUAGUUUCAUAUUAUUUUUAUUGA